AUGACAACUCAAGAACAGGCUCUCAAACCUCUCACCCGGGAUGAAGUGUCCAAGCACAAUAAAGCUGGAGAUCUGUGGAUCAUCGUGGAUUCGAUCGUAUACGAUCUAUCAAAGUUUGGUAACUUGCAUCCAGGUGGUAUCGGAGUAUUGUUAGAUGAGGAAGUCGCUGGACAAGAUGCUACUACGGUGUUCUACGGACUUCAUCGAUCUGAAAUCUUGUUGAAACCACAAUAUCAAAGGUUGAAAAUCGGUCAGAUCGAAGGUGAAAAACCUUUGAUCAAACAUAUGCAACCUGGUGAUAUCUCUAGAGUACCAUAUGGUGAACCUACUUGGUUGACACCCGAAUUCAAAUCACCUUAUUACAAAGAUUCACAUCGGGCUUUACAAAAAGCCAUGCGUAAAUUUGUUGAUGAGGUGAUUUACCCCGAUGCUCAAGCUUGUGAAGAGUCUGGUAAGAGGGCAAGUAAAGAAGUUUUAGAAGCUAUGGCCAAAACGAACCUCAAUGCUAUGCGACUGGGUCCUGGUAAACAUCUUCAUGGAAGAGAACUGUUUGGAGGCGUAGUCAAAGGAGAAGAAUUCGAUUAUUUCCACGAGCUCGUCCUCAACCAGGAGAUUGCACGAAUGGGCGCAAGAGGGUACGGUGACGGUCUCAACGCCGGUAUGGUCAUUGGCCUUCCGCCGGUUCUCAACUUCGGUCAAGAACCAUUACGAUCCAAAGUCAUCGAAGAAGUAUUCAGCGGACAAAAGGUCAUCUCGCUGGCCAUCUCCGAAGCAUUUGCUGGAUCGGAUGUAGCCAAUCUAAAGACUACAGCUGUUAAGAGCGAAGAUGGUAAAUACUGGACUAUCAAUGGUACCAAGAAGUGGAUAUCGGGUGGUAUGCACUCUGAUUACUUUACUGUUGGUGCUAAGACCGAGGGAGGUCUCACUGCGUUUCUCGUACCUCGAGGCGAAGGUGUGGAAACCAAGCAAAUCAAGACUUCCUAUUCUACUGCUGCCGGUACUGCUUAUAUCACUUUCGAUAAUGUCAGGAUCCCUGCUGAGAACAUGCUUGGCCCUGAAGAUGGAGGUUUGUUGGUGAUCUUGUCGAAUUUCAAUCACGAAAGAUGGGUAAUGUGCUGCGCGAGUGCUCGAAGCUCAAGAAUGGUCGUUGAAGAAUGUCUUAAGUGGGCCGCUCAAAGACAAGUCUUCGGGAGACCUUUGCUCGCCCAGGCUGUCAUCCGAGCCAAAUUCGCAGCCAUGAUCGCUAAGAUCGAAGCUAUCCAAGCAUGGCUCGAGAGUGUCACCUAUCAAAUGAACAAUAUGACGUACAAGGAACAAUCUAGGAAUCUUGCUGGUCAAAUCGCUUUCUUGAAAAUGCAAUCUACUCGAUUCGCCGGUGAGAUCGCUGAUGAUGCCGUGAACAUCUUUGGUGGUAGAGGAUUGACCAAGACUGGGAUGGGUAAAUUCAUCGAACAGUUCCAAAGAACUCAGAAAUUCGAUGCUAUCUUAGGUGGAGCUGAAGAAGUUUUGGGUGAUUUGGGUGUGAGACAGGCGAUGCGAAAGAUGCCUAAGGAUGUUCGACUGUAG